AUUCAUUACAAAUUAGAUAAAAAUAAGUCAACAAAAAGUUAUAUUUCGUAAACAACGAUAUGUUUAAACGGAAAGCAAAGAAACCCAAAGUGAAGAUUACUGUCUCUCCGGACUACCCGUUGCCGCCGGAGUUGAGACAAGACAACUGCGGAACACAUCCUUACGUUCGGGGCCUCACAUCCCACCGAUGGGCCGAUGAGCGCAGGCAUCGACUCCAUCACCCGAAUAUGAUGUUCGCCACCUUGUUCAUUUGUUUUUGUCGGGAUACGUACGGCUUCCUAAUGCCGCUGGACAAACAACUGGCCACUUAUAUCGGCGAUUAUCCAUAUUUUCUCAACGUUAAAGCACAGUUAAAUCUUGGUGUAGUGGCGUAUAGUGGAAUGGCCAUGCUUACUCUAAUUUAUUACAGGUAUUUGUAUCACAUUAAGAGAUACCCCUUCCCGGAGGCGCCCAUACGUCUAAUGGCGGGCGCAGUAACUCCCAGGAGUGUAGGACUGAUCGAUGAGGCGGUUAUCAUAGAGAUGUGCAAAUCGGCCAAAUUCUGGUUCCAUCACACGAAACGUAACACUAAUAUCGUUGGUUUGGCCGCAUUUGUCAUAUGUUUUGCACCCGUCCACUUUGGCACAGGCGACUGGACACUGUUUCCCAUAUACUUUCCGUGGGGUUUUAUUAACGGAAUUGGCGCGUAUGAAACAGACCCGGCUUAUGAUUAA